UGCAUUCAAAAAAGGGUCCUGAGGUCGAAUUGGGCUAUGAUCUUUGCCGUAUGUUUACUUUUCUAUGUAAACAGUACACAGAAGUUAGUAUAUGGACACAAAAAAGUUAAACAGAAGUGGGGAAAGACAAGAGAGGCGAACACCUAAGCAAAGAAUGUCUCUCACAGAGAAGCAGUCACUUGGGAGAUCUCAUGCGUCAUGUUUAGCUCACGUUAAAAACUUGAAUUGCUGGGGGAGCAAUAUUUCAGAUAUAUCUAUCGUACGACAAAUGGUAAAUCUAGAAGUCUUAAACCUAAGCGUGAACAACGUUUUAACGUUAAAAGAUUUAUCAUUUUGCCCAAAACUAAAGGAACUGUAUUUACGUAAAAAUCAAAUUCAAACUAUGAAAGAAAUUACAUAUCUUAAAAAUUUAACACGGUUAAAAGCUAUCUGGCUUGAAGACAAUCCCUGCGUAAAGACAUCAUUAAAUUACAGAGAGACAAUCUUGAGAAACUUGCCGUCUUUAUCGAAAAUAGAUAAUAUUGAGGUGACUGAAGAUGAACUACGGUUAGCUAUGGACAAAGGUGAACUCUUUGAGGACGAUCUAACACUACCAACUUUCGAUGAACUUGAUUUAAAUCACACGUUAUCACCAGACGAUGUGCUGCGGCAAAUCAGCUUGUUAAAUUCCAAUGAUGAAGAGAAACCAUCUAUUUCAGAGAAUGAUGAGAUUCCAUGCAUUGAGCAUAACGCGACAGAACUCGAUUUAAGUUUAGGAGUGAGUUGUUCGAUUGAUGCUAAUCAGGAUGACGACGAUGCUAAUCAGGAUGCUGACGAUGCAAAUCCAUCGACCGGUAACCUAGCAACUGUUUCCAAUGAAAACGAAUCAAAUACUUUAAAAGCAGUGCUACUGCUGAUAAAUGAUUUAGAUUCUCAUGAACUGCGACAAGUUGUUGCUGAAGCUUCUACCUUGAUAUCAAGUCAAUUUGAGAAUGAUUCUCAAGAUUUGAAACUUGUCGAAGAUGUUGAGAAAUGAAAUUAAUGAAAAUAAUUGCAAAGUGUGUAUGCAUUUCGUAUAGGCUCUAAAAAGACUAGACUAUAACCAGGUGCCAUCAUAUAGAGGUUCUUAUCAAUAAAAAUUGCGCGGAGCCCCAUACAAUGGGAAAUUUAGCUCCUCCAGAUCCUGUGAUUUUGCGACCUGUAUGAAAAUUCUUUUACCUUCACGAUUUUUUGAGGUUUGGUGAAAAGUGUAUUUGCAUAAGUUUCAGUUGCAAUAAUUUUUGUAAGUAGAAUUUUGGGUAUAUAAAUAUAUAACAGGGUAUAAUAUAUUAUGUACAUAUAAUAUUAAUAUAAGGAAGUGGUGAAAAGAAAUGUUGCAAAAAGUUA